GUCCCUCUGGGCGAAUGUAAACACAAUUUUUGUGAAAUAUGAUGUGACACGGGUCGAUUUUCGCGGUGUGACUUAUGUGAUUGAGUGCUACGUGAUCCAGUAACAGUGUUUCGCAUAAUUCUGGAUAAUGAAAAGUAUCUAAAGGCUAUUUCAAGUCCCAGGAGUUAAAAGAGCAACGGGUUUGGUGCGCGGCCUGCCUGUAGUUACGUUCAGUGGAAUGGAGUGAAGACGGUCUUCAUGGAAGUGCAAUGAGACACCUACGGAAAAUCAUCUCUUCCUCGCCGAAGUGAUGGGAAGAAGAGAUGGCGGCUUCUGUAGUGCAUCAAAGAACACCGACUCGAGAGAUGCAUCGACAUUUACUGCACACUUCAAAGACUGAUUUUAAUAAUGAUACAAAAGAUAUAUCAGACUUCCGUAGCAUGUCGGAAUCUCGUGUAAAAUCGUGUAAUAAUUAUGUGUCGUCGAGUAGUGGCAGCAAAAGCAGCAGUAGCGGCGGCAGUGUGUCACCACCGCCAGGUGAUUUACAAUUUUCAAGAAGUUCCCUCGACGGGGAAAGAAACGCGAUAGAUCUUCACACCUUGAUCGCGACGACGCGCCCAGAAUCUUCAAGUGCAAGUUGUCACUGUACGACAGAUCGGCAAAAUGAAUGUUUUGUGGACGAUUGUAAAUGCGUGCCUAGUGGGGACUCAAACAAUCUCACGGGAGAGCACCAAAAGUGGAAUCAUCGAUUAACGACCAGUGAACUUUUAUCCCACACCCGACCUGCGAAAAAAGGUAGCUGUGAUGUCAACUCACGGCAAUCUGUUUUUUGUCGAAAUGUUAACUCUCUCUCCAGAUUUAACACAUGGAGGACAGUUUUGGCCAUCUGCAUUGCUCUUCUUUGUACAGUGUGCAAUGCAAACCAAGUCCCAACUACUUCGUGUGCCCAAGGUCUCAGCACCCCCGGCUGGACUAUGCCACAGGGAGACAUCGUUCUUGAAUACGGUCAAGAUUUAAGAAUAUUAUGUAUCCUAAAUAAAGAUGUUGUAGAGGAAAAUUAUCCAGGAAAAAAUGCGUCAGAUGUGUACUUCUUCCACAGUGGAAGAGUACUCGAACCUGAAUACAUCACUAUCCUCAACGAAACAACAGUCGAAAUGUUUGUUGAAAAACCACCUGCUGGGAAUGAUAUGUAUUAUUGUAGAUUAAGAUUAGAUGACGAUGGCAGUAAAUCAAAUUUUCUAUCUAUCUGCUUAAACGAAGUCGUUAUCGGUUACAAGCCUCAGGAACCUAAAAACUUCAGCUGCAUCUCCUACAACUGGGAAAAAAUGGUUUGCACUUGGGAACCGGAACCUAAUUUCGUAUCAACGAAGUUUAGUCUGGUUUUUAAACUACCUGGACGAGCCGGAAGAAAGAAACUAUACCCUUGUCCUCAACAAGAUCCCAAAAAAGAGUUGAAUUAUUGCAUGUGGGAUGCAUCAACGAAUCCGAUUUACAGGCAGCCUUAUCCGUUUUACACACUCUUUUUGACGGGAGAGAAUGUACUGGGGAAUAUAACUGUGCCGUACAAAUUCCAUCAUUACGCUAACGUCAUUCCAAACAAGCCGGCUAAUUUUACUCUAGUUAACAAGACUUCUGAGAGUGCGUAUUUGUUUUGGAGUCCACCUUAUCCAAUGUCCACUUUUCCACCCGGACUGUAUUUCAGGCUGACUUAUCAAAACCAGUGGGAUAGACAAAAAUCUUGGCAGGUGAUCAAUUUUACAGAUGAAAUUCAAAGGGCAAAAAGAUAUUACAAUCUGACCGGAUUACAUUACGCUAAUUCUAUUUACGAUGUCCGCGUUUACGCGAAAAGUGCUGAUGCUGCUGGGGAUGAUAGAUGGAGCAAUUUUAGCGACAUUACCUUCAGAACUUUGCCGAAACUGCCUGGGCUUGCUCCUGCUACAGAUAUUGGAAGUUUUGAAAUCAUUGAGAAUAACGGAUUCAGAGACGUUUAUCUCUACUGGCAGACAAUUCCCCCUUACCAAGAAAACGGCGGUAAAUUCAGAUAUGAAAUAAUACGCGUGGAGGAGAACGGUCGUAAGGUUUCGCCGCAACCUGUUGAGACAACGAGAACAUACGCGAAAUUCAAAGAACUUUCAACAGGUAGUUAUCAGUUUGAGAUUGCUACGUCGAACGAAGUAGGACAAAGCAAAAAUUCAUCGAAAAUUUUCAUCCCUAGCCGGACAGAGUUACCGCGUGAGCCUAUAACGUUUACGAAAAUUGCUUUCGAUGGAGGCACUUAUGAGUUGUCCUGGAAAUAUCCCGAUGAAUUUCUCAAGGAAGUUACGAACUAUACAAUAUUUUGGUGUGAUAACGAACGUGAUCGGCCUUACCAGUGCACGGGAUAUCUCGACUGGAUGCACGUUUCUUGGAACACUUCCGUCUACAAUAUGACAGUUCCGGAUCCCAAGAAGGUUUACCAAUUUGCCAUUUCUGCAAACACAAAACAUGCCAGCAGUGGAAUGGUGUGGGCGUCGUGUACUGUCAUCCACAACAGAGUUGCAAGCAAAAUGAAGUCACUUUGGAUAAACAAAAUAGGAUCCGACUACAUUGAAGUCGGCUGGAAGUUGGACUGUUCUGAUCGUGUUGGAAAUGUUGAGGGUUUCAAUAUCUACUACUGUCCCAUCAUUGCUCCCUAUAAUCGAAACUGCAAAGAGCUCAAGUUAAACACCACCAUAAAGGCUGAUCCAUCCACCAUACGCGGUGUCAUCCACGGUCUCAAGCCCUACACGACUUACAAGCUAACAGUUUCAGUUUUAUCGAAACACGGCGAAGGGCCGCACAGCGAUCCCUUGUAUAACACAACUCUUGAAGCUGCGCCAACGACUCCACCACAGGACGUCAGAGUUCUUAAUUCCACAAAUACAACCUUGGUUGUCACGUGGAAACCUCCAAUGGCGAUGAAUGGAGUUUUACGCUACUACGAGGUGUACUGCAACAGCUCGAAGAAAUCCUUUACAAAACGAGUGGAUGAAGCGAAUCAUGCCGAACUUCCAGGCAUCACCCACGGGAAUCACAGCAUCAACGUUACACUCUCGAAUCUCUCUGCUCACGAGGAGUAUAGCAUCGAAGUCGCAGCAUGUACGGUCACUUGCAGUGCAAAGUCGAAACCAGUUCGCAAUAUUACGAAAAUUGGAACGCCAGGGAAAAUCAAUAUUCCUAAUGUCCGAUUUAUAAAUUCGAGCCAGGUUCACGUUAAAUGGAGGGCACCGCAGAAUGCAGCGGGACUUCUGGACUAUUAUCAGAUAUCGUCGAGCGAUGGAGAUAUACGAAACAGCACUGUUCCUGAAACUCAACUUCCAAUUGCCGAUUGCAAGACAAUCGGCCGGGAGAAGAUGUACCAGUUUCGUGUACGAGCCGUUAAUGUGGUUGGCGAUGAGCAUUUAAUUGGCCCCUGGUCUGAAGCUGGGGAAGGUAACUGCUACAGCGAUGGUCCUUCCAAACAAGUGCUGAUGGUAAUUUGGGUAAUUGGAAGUCUUAGUGCUGUCGCGCUUGUUCUCUGCGUCAUCUACACGUCCAAAAGAACUUGGCUGAAGUGUAGAUAUAUGCGGGACGUCGAUGUGAAACUGCCACAUGGAAUCGAGCCGAACAUGAAACUUUUACAAAAAGUUGGCGAGCAGCAUACGCGACAAUCAUCUGCAGAUUCUAGUGGUUGUUCAAGUGGACACGAAUCAGUGACCUCCUCCUUAACGUCAGAAUCUCACGUUUCGAGCGACAGUGGAGCCGAUGUCGAUCCAAUCGCCGUUUCACCAAACAAAUUACUCGAGCUUCCUGCUGCCUGGAAUCCGACCAGUCUGCGACAACGGAACGUGGGAACCGCACGACCUGGAGGAACGGCAGAUUCCGCACGCUGGGAUCCCUACAUGAAAGCGGCAAAAACCGGAGAGCCAAUCAUAGCAGACACGCUAUCGAUCGCUCGAUCCACGCCGAAUUUGUCCGACAGCACUGGCUCCACGACCUCUCAACACACCUGGUCAUCCACUGGCUACAUGAGCAUGCCAUCUUCCGAGGAAAUCUCCAACAACCCAAGUCCAAUUCCUCAAAAAGAAAACACAAACCUGGGCGGUUACAGUGUCGUGAGUAUGAUGCCACCCCCAGGCUACACAUCCGAGGAAGACUCAGGCAAGAAAACCAUUUCAGCCACAGAUGCGAAGCCUUCGAAUCCCUACGUAAGUUUGGCAUCUCUCGAGCAGAAAACAAAGGGGAUAGCGGCAAUAGUGCCUUUGCCAGACUUUGACGAUAUCACCUUCCCAGAGAUGGAGGAAUCAUCAAAUCUGGACACUUUCUCCGACAAAGUGCCCAAGGACUAUGUGCAAAGUGCGUUUGUGGAUUAUCCUGAAAAGCCGCAGGUUUCCUUUGCACCAACCUUAGUUUCAGACUCGUGUAGCAGUCCACUUGUUUCCACGAGUCCGGCGACAACGCACCUCACGCCUGACACCUCCUCGAAGCCCUACGUUAGUCACGCUUCGAUCCCCAAUUUUAUGAAUCCGCCCAGGGUUGCCACCGGCACUGAUGACCUCUCCUCGAAACCCUAUGUCACCCUCGACUCCGCGCCAAACUCUAUCUUUCAAAUGCUUCAGCAGCAGAGAAUCAAGGCUGAUCUAGAGACUACUGUUCCGGAGGUGGAUACCAGCGACGUGGAAAUUGAUGUGAGCGAGGAGGAGGAUUCCUCGAAUUUCACAAUUUGCUGGAAGCCCAAGCCGGAAGAUGAGGGCAAGACCGAGGAAAAGUCCAGGGGAUAUGUCAUGAUGGCGGAGAAUCCCAAACUCGAGAAUCAGCUACUUGGAAAGCAGAAGAGUAAUCCUCAGUCCGAAGAACAAUAUAGUCAAGUUACGAUAGCGCCCGGCACGAUGCAGUGAGAAAGUUAUCGAGAAGUCUAUUGAAAGAAAACGAAAUAACUUUAUUAUUGUGAGACAGACUUAUUGUGCUUCCUUGUCGGAGGUGAGUUCGAGGCAUCGAACUUUGUCGCAGAGACGCUCUCCAAAUCGAGUGGAAGACUUUUUUUUUCUUACACAACGAUUUAGGUGGAGCGUGUGCACGACUGAUAGUAAGUACGGACAUAGUUCAAGUUUUUUGUAGCCCAUUUAGAAUUCGGUUUAUUCACAUUGAAGUGAGGUUCCGGGCUAGCUAUAUUUCGAUCUAUCGGACUGAGUUUAUGCCUGACAGAGCCACGCUGUACUCUUAUUUGUGAGUAUCCUCUUCUUUUUUUUAUGAAAGUAUGUACAAAACGAAUCACUUUUGUAUCAUAUACCUACCGCGUUACGUGACAAAAUGAUAGGGAAAAUGUUGUAGCCAUAUGAAUAGAUUAAGUUUAUUUACUGGCACACGCGUCGACAGGCUAAAGUGUUUCAUGUUUUCAAUAAAAAGAAGGAACGAUAUUGGUUUUGAAUGAAACGAAAGUAAAUUGAGAAUCAAUCGAAGCAUCAUCAGUGGACCGAAUCAUAAAUCAGGGGAUACAUUUUUCCGCUUUUUCACGAAUGCAUCAUUGCAUUUAUCCGAUUUUUUACUGCAUGAACUUGAAAUCCAUCCUUUUUACAAACGAACUUAAUACAGGAAAGUAAAUGCAAUUUUUCUAAAAAAUUUGUACAGUUUUUUUCAGCAUUCUGAUGACCUCAAUUUUUAUAAAUCUUUUAGUAGGAAUUUCCAAUAAGUACCCAAGUUUGAUAUGUUUUCAAUUGAACGAUUUGGUAUAAAAUGUAAAACUGUAGGCAGCUUGGAUAACAAUAUCCAAAUCAAAGAAGGUCCAGAAAAUUGGUGCUAUUUGAUUAGAUCUCUAAGCCUGUCGCAAGUGCCAUUAUAUUUGUACAAACGAUUCCAUGCGCUCAAUUGUCCGAAAACCCAAGCUCUUUGAAACGAACAAAAAAUGCGACGGAAUUUAGGCCAUGGUUCCUCAGUUGCAAUGAGAUUACUAAUUCGAUACUAAACAGGUUGAUUUUUUUUUAUAACGUCGUUGUAUUGUUGUAUAGUUGCCAGAGAGGAGGCGUGCGAAUAUUCCCCAAAAUCUACCUGCCAUAAUUUGUCAUUUGACAUCAUUUUUCUUUAUCCUUAUCACCAUUUCACAUAAUUUUUAUUCUGACUAAUGCUUACGAAAGUUGAUGAAAAGUGGCAAUUAGAAAAAAUAAAAAUUAGUGUAAAUAAAUGGCGAUAAAUAAAAAUGAUGGCAAAUGACUAUUCGGCAAUGCGAAUUUCGAUAAAAAAGAAAAUUGUGGCAAGCAGAUUUUGGGGAAUACGUCUCUUCCAGAGUUACAGUCUCGGAAGUUAGGAUAAUAAUUGAAAUUAAUGUUGGACCGAAGAGAAAUGGAUGGAUGGAUUUGUUAAACAUUUCUGAAUGCAUAUUUCAAACUUUUAAGACUAAUCGAACACUUACAGCAAGUCGGAAGAUUAUUUUUACGUGAAAAUGUCUAUUCAAUGUUCGUGUUGAUGGCGAAAACAAGAAUAUAUGUAUGCAUAAUAUAAUAGCUAGUCAUUGAGAGAAAUAUAUGAGUCUGAGCGAAGGACUCCUUUUUUCAUUUAUACGAGCUUCAAUAUUCGACUCAUAUUUUUGUUCUCGCCAUUUAUUUGUCUUUUAAAAAAAAAUGUUUACCGACAAAUCAUGUAACUGAUUAUGUGUUAUAUCUUUUACGAAUACUGAAAUUUCCGUUGUUUAAUGUGCAUGCUAAUUGUGAAGUUCAAGUUGUUCGUUUUUGAUUUGUUAAUUGCAAGACAAGUCAAAGUGGAAAAGAACUUAUUUCUAAAAUUCUUCAACUUGUGUAUAUUAAUUUAAAAAAUUAAAGCAUUUAUAUAGAUCUUUUUAUCGUUGUUUUCAUCAAAUUCUAAAAUAAUUCUUUUUUCUACCUAAUAGAUGAAAAGAUCUUACGUAAUAAAAAAAUUAUUUUGCAAAAGAUCAUUUUGUGAAAAGCAAUGGGCAGUUACGUGUUCUCAUUGCAGCCAAAAUUUUAAAACGAAUUUUGUAAAUGUAUCUUUAAAUGCUUUUUUAAAUUUCGAAUUUCAAAUCUUAAAACGAAUUUCGAUUUUGCGCUUAAAUCGAAUUUUAUUAAAUUUUAGAACGAAGACAAUUAAUCUUCAAUUUUAAAAUACAUACUUUGAAAGUUGAAGAAAUUUCUAAUGCUCUUUCCACUACGAAUCUUGGCACUAUGCAUUGAACUAAACGUGAAAUUCAUAUUUUACGAAUACUAACUCUACGAUACAGAAAAAAAACUAUUCGAGUACCGAUUUUGUUUUAUCAAAAAGAAAAAAAAACAUAGAACGAAGAAAAGUUUCUGAAACGGCAUUUAAACCUCGAAAUUUCGCACUUCUUCUUAUUCAGAGUUAAGAACCAUCCUUAAGUCUCUAAUCGGCAAAACGAGCUUAGAAUUUAUAGUGUUAUUACUUUUAUGAAAGAAUUCGCGAAAGCGAAAGGUGGAGUGAAAGCGAGUGUUUUUUUUGGUUUUUCUUUUUUAAUUAGGAUGAAAUAAUGCCUAAAAAUCAUGUAAGAAGUAUUGAUAGGGUAUAUUUAUCGAGGAUUGAAAAAAAAAAAAAAAAAAAUGGAAUAAUUGCAGCUUCGGUGCAAGAGAGCGAAUUUGAAUUUCGUAGAUAAUCUGUUGCCGUAAAAUUUAUUUCGUCGUUUUCCCUCCUUUCGAAGGGUUGUCGAUGCGUCACAUCGCAUAACUUUUCUAAACGAAGCAUGCUCAUUUAGACAUAGAGAUAAUUUUCAUAGGAAAACUUUUCAGACUACAUUAGGUCGUGUUUGUCUACUUUUAGCUUACAUAUCUCCAUUGUACAUAGCCCUAUUUUGUUAUAUAUAUUUAUAAAUGAAAAAAGUACUUUAUUGCACAUGCACUACAAUUUUAAGGUCAAUUUUAAGAAGAAGAAGAAGAAGAAGAAGAAAAUCAAUUAAGCGUCGAUUUUUGAGAUAGCGAAUGAUCUAUACGUGGAAUAUAAGACGUAUUUCGAUAAAGUACAGGUUUAUAUAUAACAAUUAACUGAUUUGCCUUAAAGAGAAGUCGGGCGCUCUCUCGCGCUCGCUUAUAUUCAUAUUUUUAUGUAAUCAAACGGACAAAUGUAUAAUUUAGUGGAAUAGAUGAUAGUUUUAAGAUGUCUAUUGAUUACUAGUUUCACGACACUUGCAGGGAGCUCAAACUUAUCAAACUUGAUGGAAUCCGGUAAGCUUUUCUAUUUUCAUUGCUUAAAAUUCCGUUGCCUUGUGAUUUGUGAUAACCAUUUUUGAAUGCGGAUAUUAUUAUGUCAAUCCUAGUGCAAUGACCCCAGGAGGUUCUUUAUAAACUGGACUGUGAUUUCCAAGAAUUGCCUUUUAAAAAUAUGACGCCGAAUUCGAUCAAAUCGAUUUUUAUCGUUUACUUUUUCAUAACGAAAAAAAUGUUAGUGGAAGAAAUAGGUAUAUAUAUAUAUAAAACAUUCUUGGCCAGAAGGGUUUAAAUCCAGUUGGUAAAUUAAUGAUUAUAAAAGGAACUUAAUAGCGAAGUUGGAAUUAUACUAUUAAGAAAUAUAGAUUAAUUUAGUAGAGCGUACUAUUGCGUAUUGGACAAAGGAAAUAGAAAAUUGGUCAAGUUUGAGCUCCCUGUACUGUUUUAGUUUUUGCGCGUUGGUUUGUUGCGAGUGAUACAGAUUACACUUCCGAAUUAUUAUUAUCUGUUGCUAGCACAAAGUUUACAAGUUCUGUAAAAAUCUUGCGCUACUCUAUAAUAAUAAUAUUAAUGAUAGUAAUAAUAUUAUUACAUGAUAUAUCGCUGUGUUGUUAAAUGACGAUAACGCUACACCAACACUAAUAUCCUACAAUCAGAUCUUGUACAGAGUAUUGUAAAAUAUAUUUUUACUACUUUUUUCUUGGUUUUAUUAUUUAUUUCUCAUUGCAUGAACUCGCCAAGUUCAGCAUUCUCAUUUCCGUUUUUCUACCUUUGAGGUAUGCCAUUAAUCCUUGCCAUGUUGCGCGAUUGCUUGUAAAGAAUAUACAUACUUAUUUUCAAUACUCAUACAUGGAUCACGCUAUCAUCAAAAAUAAUGAAAACAAAACGUAUUCGGUUUUACCUCUGAACUGUAGCUAAUCGACACAGUGCGCUUAAAUGGCCUUUACUUUAUAACGAUUAUUAUACUGAAAUAUAUAUAAUAUUUGUAUCAA